AUGGCCAACAAAAAGGCCCAACAGCAGGAAAUGGUACAGGUUGACCGCUCUGAAAGGAAUACGUCCCCGUUCUGGAAGUCAAAGGCAGCGGCUGUUCAACGAAACAACAAGCCCUAUGACACCAACACUGUUGUUGGUGCGUCCUACUCUCACGCUGAUAUUUUGAAAAGCAUGUCUCAUGUCCUACCUCGUACUCCACCACGGUCUGGUCCUCCAACAAGCCAGGAACGUCACUCUACAACUCCCCCAGCUCGUACUACCACAUCUCCCAAUCAGUCCUAUAAUAAUGCUUAUUCACAAGAUACGGGGAGUUGGACACACGAUAAUGAUACUUUAGAUGAAGAUGACUAUGACGAGAUUGUGUAUGAUGAUGACGAAGAUGAAUUUGGUCUCCCUAGCAUUGCCAGUAUGCGCAAAAAGGGAAGAAGCACGAGAAAGAGCGAUUCUGGGAACAAGAAAAAUAAUUCAACAUCUGGAAACAAUACUUUGAGCCUGAAUUACGAGCUUGCAAGCCGACAGCGAGCUAAUAGCUCCGACAUUGCGGAAGAACGAGGUGUAUCCCUAUACCCAUCGGCGAAAAAGAGCGAAGGCAAAAUCCUUCGACCGCAAUAUAAAGAAAUUUUGAAAGAUCCGGCCAACUCUUUAAAUCUUAUUAACCACUCCCCGCCUGCUUCUGAUGCUCCACCCAACCAAUGGGAAGAGCAUUCUGCCCGAAUUUCAAGAAUUAACAAAUUUAAACGUAUUCUUCAAGCGAGUACGGUGUCUUUAUCAGAGCUUCGUGAUUUAGCUUGGUCCGGAGUCCCGAAUGAAGUGAGAGCCAUGACUUGGCAGCUGCUUCUCGGAUAUUUACCGACUAAUAGUGAACGCCGUGUCUCAACGUUGGAGAGGAAACGUAAAGAGUAUCUCGAUGGAGUUCGCCAGGCAUUUGAGCGAGUAACGAUGACUAGCGGUUCCGGGUCAAGCAACACAAACUCUGGUCGCGGUAGGGGCUUGGACGAAGCAGUGUGGCACCAAAUCAGCAUUGAUGUUCCUCGCACAAGCCCUCAUCUGGAAUUGUAUGGCUAUGAGGCAACACAACGCUCCUUGGAAAGGAUACUUUAUGUUUGGGCGAUUAGACACCCUGCUAGUGGCUAUGUACAGGGCAUCAAUGAUCUUGUCACACCAUUUUGGCAGGUCUUCCUGGGUGCCUAUAUCACGGACUUUAACGUUGAGGAAGGGAUGGAUCCUGGUCAACUACCCAGGUCCGUCCUUGAUGCUGUGGAAGCAGAUUCCUUCUGGUGUCUAACAAAACUACUCGACGGAAUUCAAGACAACUACAUUUAUGCUCAACCAGGUAUUCACAGACAAGUGAAAGCAUUGAGAGAUUUAGUCAAACGGAUUGACUCAGGCUUGGCCAAUCAUUUAGAAAGUGAAGGGGUGGAAUUCAUGCAGUUUAGUUUCAGAUGGAUGAAUUGCCUGUUAAUGAGAGAGAUGAGUAUUAGGAAUACUAUCCGCAUGUGGGAUACUUAUAUGGCUGAAGAACAAGGAUUUUCAAGGUUUCAUCUUUAUGUUUGUGCAGCCUUCCUUGUGAAAUGGACUGACAGGCUACUCAAAAUGGACUUUCAGGAAGUCAUGAUGUUUCUUCAGGCGCUACCUACAAAGGAUUGGACCGAGAAGGAAAUUGAACUGUUAUUGAGCGAGGCCUUCAUCUGGCAGAGCCUCUUUCAAGAUUCAAGCGCCCAUCUGCGAAAUGCCGAUGAAAUUACAUCAGGCACCGAUGCACUCCGAUAA